CGUUUCCGGCGCUUGGCGGAGUUUUGCUGCCGGGUGACGGCGAGUGACAGAAAGUGGUGGGGCAAUGCCGGAGAUCGAGAUCCGACAUGUGGUAUCCGCGAGCAGCUCUGACACGACGCAUUGUGCUGACAACCUGCUCAAGGCUGACACCUACCGCAAGUGGAAGGCUGCCCAGGCUGGGGAAAAGCAAGUCUCAGUCAUAUUACAAUUUGAAAAAGAGGAGCAGAUUCACAGCAUUGAUAUUGGCAAUGAAGGCUCCGCCUUUGUGGAAGUGCUGGCUGGUAGCUCUGCCUCCUCCAGUGAGCAGAAUUAUGAGGUGCUGUUGGUCACAUCCUCCUUCAUGUCUCCCUCAGAGAGCAAGACUAGCACCAACCUGAACAGAGUCCGUAUGUUUGGGCCAGAGAAACUGGUGAAGGCUACAGCUGAGAAGAAGUGGGACCGAGUUAAGAUUGUUUGCACCCAGCCAUAUACCAAGUCUCUGGCUUAUGGCCUUUCCUUCGUGAAGUUCCAUUCUCCUCCGGACAGCAGCGAAACACAUUCCAAAGCGGCUUCACCGAAGGUCACCAAAUUGGGCCAGUUUAAAGUGAAGGAGGACGACAGCAAUUCCAUCUCUCUGAAACCUGGUGCUCUCUUUUUCAGCCGUGCCAGUAAACCCCUGGUCUCCCCUCCUAAAGCAUCUCAGAAUGACCAGCCUUCCCCCAGUUAUGCUGCUGCCUCCCUACAGACCAACAGAUCUCUUUCUCCAGACUCUUCACCAUCAGCGGUGGAAAAGCCCACCACCAAAACCUCACCCAAGGAACCCACCCCAGUCAAAAGGAAGUUUGAGCUCAGCAAAGAAAACGCUGGCCUCUCGUCUGCAACCAAGAAAGCGAACCCUGAUAAGUCCCGCGUUACACAGCCACCUUCCAAAAAACACAAAGUUUCUCCCUCCCCGUCUCCUCCCCAGAAGAUGCUGCCUUUGAAAAAAGCUCUUCCCACCCAGCCUUCAGAGGAGGCAGCAGCCAACGGGUCCUUCCAGCAACUCCUACAGGGUACCGUCUUCGUGCUGAGCGGCUUCCAGAACCCCUUCCGCUCUGAAUUGAGGGACAAGGCCUUGGAGAUGGGGGCCAAGUACCGUCCAGACUGGACCCCUGACAGCACUCACCUCAUCUGUGCCUUUGCCAACACCCCCAAAUACAGCCAGGUGAAAGGGCUCGGGGGCACCAUUGUACGGAAAGAAUGGAUCCUGGACUGUCACCGGACACGUCGGCGCUUGCCCUGCAAAAGGUACCUGAUGGGUGGCCCCGACUCGUCCAGCAGCGAGCAGGAAGAGGAGAGUGAGGAGGAGGUCCCAGCUCCGCCUCGCAGACCUUUGACUCCUCAACAGAGAGCCAGUGUGCCCAGCCCCAACCACAAAGUUAAGCCUGCCACCAGCCCCAAAGUAACGCAGGCGGUGCCACCAAGAGUGUCUUCCGGGGAGGAAGAGGAGGAGCCCACCACCUCUCAGAACAGCAACAUCCACAACAAUUCCAGGGCAUCCAGCGGGGAUGAGAAAUUUACAGGUCUUCAAGACAACGGAGACGAAGGGUCAGGUGACACUGACGACGAGUUAAGGAGAGUCGAAGAGGAACACCGCAAAAAGCAGCAAGGCGGACGGAGGAUAGUUCCAGAACCGGACAACGAUCCCUAUGCUGGUUCCACUGAUGAGAACACAGAUGUUGAGGAACAAGUGAAGCCAGAUCAGCCGAUCCCAGAACUUCCAGAUCUGUUUGUGGGCAAAUGCUUCUUCCUUUAUGGUGAAUUCCCUUCUCAGGAACGACGCCUCUUGAAUCGCUACAUCAUAGCUUUUAACGGGGAAGUGGAGGACUACAUGAACGAGCGUGUAAACUAUGUGAUUACGGCUCAAGAAUGGGACGACACAUUUGACGAGGCCCUGAAUGAGAACCCCAACCUUUCCUUCGUGCGUCCCCGUUGGAUCUACAACUGCAAUGACCGGCAGAAGAUGAUCCCCCACCAGCCGUACGUCGUGGUGCCGCGAGUGUAGGAGAAGCCCUGCUGGAGUUUGUAUAUAAUGUAUAUUCGUCUCUUUUGGGGGGGGGAAGACCCUUUGCCUCCUGGCUAGUUGAAACGGGGCAAUUCCCGUUGGGAGAAACAGCCUUCCUUGGGAGCCCUCCAACCUUGGGGGUGGUUUGGAUGGUCUUUGGUUGAGUUUUUUUUUUCUUCCCCUACCCAGUUCCACCAGAUCAUGUCGGAAGCCGGUCCGCUUUUGGAAAACAAUGCUUGCUGCGGGCUGCUCUGGGACAGCGCUAGGAUCCUCUUAUCUUCCAGGAGGGAGGAAGGGUCUCCCUCAAAAUUAGAGCCCAGGAGUUCAACAAAGGCAAAAAGUUAAAUGUACAGAGACAAAUUCACAAGCCUUUGUCAUUUCUUGCCCUUCUCACAACUCACUUAGCACUGGUGGUCCCUUUUCUUUGUCUUAUGGGGAUGCAUUACGGCUGAGCAUCUUUGCCUCUCCCUACGGAAAUCUCUUUUCUACGUAGCGGCAAACUAUUGUUUUCCUAGCAAGGAAGUUUGGGGUUUCACAAAAGAAGGAAAAAACUGUCCCAUUUUUUUUCACCCGGGGUGGUUCCAGUUUCACGGUAGUACAGAUGGGGCUUGUCCCCAUCAUUGGGGUGUAGGUAACCCCAAUCCCCAUCAUUGGGGUGUAGGUACCCCAAUCCCCAUCAUUGGGGUGUAGUACCCCAAUCAUUGGGGUGUAGGUCUCAAGUUGAUUGUACCAUCUGCAGACCAAGCCAACCUCAUUUUUUAAAAUGAAGAGAUCGACAAAUCACAUUCAUGCCUUCCAUGGGCACAUUU